AUGGCGUUAAUAGAGAAAUGGAUUGACCCAAAGAUAAAAGAGGGUGACAUUACUUAUCUUAAAUACGAGGAAUUCAGUAAAAUUAAACAUAUUACUGAAGGAGCAUUUGGAAAAAUAGACAGAGCUCACUGGAAUAAUGGCGACAUAAUAGUCGCGUUAAAAUCGUUAAAAUCUAUUUCAACAAAGUCUGAUAUCGAAGAACAAACAUUUCUUAAAGAGUUAAGAAUCUUACGAAAAGUCAGUUCCCAUCCUAACGUAAAUAGAUUUUUCGGGAUCACAAAAGCAUUAGAUGAAAUCAUUUGUGCUUAUUUAAACGAUCAUAAACUUGGGUUGAAAAGUUUCAAUGAUGCAUUAGAAAAAUAUGAGUCACAAUCACAUGACAUCUUCGACCAUCUAUUUAAUAAUAAAUCAAUAACGCAUUAUGAAGUAAUGGUUGGAGUAUUUUAUGGAAGAGGUUUUGGAACAGAAAAAGAUGAAGCAAAAUGUAAAGAUUGGAUUACAAAAGCAAGUGAAAAUAAUGAUAUUAAUGGACAUCAUGAACUUGCAGGAUGUUAUUAUUUCUUUAAGGAAAAAUAUGAAGAAGCAGUGAAAUAUUAUCAGCGUGCCGUUGAUGAUGGAUUGAUUGUUUCUUCACAUAGUCUUGCUUAUUGUUAUGAAAAUAGUAAAGGUGUAAACAAAGAUUUAUCAAAGGCAUUUGAAUUAUAUAAAAGUUCAGCCGAGAUGGGAUAUAUACCUUCUCAAAAACUUGUUGCUGAAUAUUAUAACAAGGUCAACCAUGUUAUCCAAAUGAAUAAAAGAGAAGCCCUAAAAUGGUAUAAAUCGUAUAAAGAAAAUAAUGGAAAAGAUGAUGUAUCAAGUCAUAUUGAAGAUAUAGAACAAUAUUUGAUUUUGCUUAUAACUACUUCUACCAAUUGA